UCGUGUGUACACGAGCUAGGCGGUUUCGCAUUGGUUCUGUGUGGAUGUUUUAUUUUUCAUAAAGUGCAUUUUAUAGUCUUAUAACCACACGUUUAAAUAAUCCGAAAAAUAUUUUCAGCAAAGACUUGUGGUGAUAUUGAAGUUUGGAAUGCAAAAUACAAUGAAAUAACGAAUAGUAAUAAAUAACUAUAUAUCAAGAAAAAAAUAUGAAAAGAGACCCCGGAAACGUGAUGAGGGAAAAAAAUAUUAAGUUGAACUGAAACGAAGAACAAAUGAGGUCUUCUUAAACACAAUAGAAGAAAACCGAAUAUUAGUGGAAAUUUUAAAUAAAAGGAGAUGGAAAAUUUUCACAAACACGCCGAGAUAUGGUGACGAAUUUUAAAGUUUAUUAACUGACGGAAUGGUGAAAGGAACACAAUUAAAAAAAACACCCUGAACGAGAUAAUUUAGAAAAAAAAAGGACGUAGAAGUUACUUCCUUAUGAUGAGCUCAAGGACAUUAUUCUAAACAACAGGGAAAUAUUUUAAUAGAAAGAUCGUUUGAUGUAAUACAAUUGCUUAAAAAUCAAUUUUCAGAAAAUGAAUACGCAUGGUAAUAUUUAUUUUCAAUAACAAUAAUCAACGUCAGCAUGAAAAAUCAGUAUGGAUUAUUUCAAUGACAGUUGGUCACCAAACGAAGAAGCUGCUUUGAAAUGCAGUUCUUGGUACGAAUGGGAUGAUCGUUGGACAAACGGGUGUAACGCAUCAUCAGAUUCGUUGAUAUGUUGGCCUCCCACACAGGCUGGUGUAAUCGUAUAUCAGUCAUGUUUUAAAGAACUCAGAGGAAUAUUAUACGAUACAAGUAAAAAUGCAAGUCGAAUGUGUUACGAGAACAAUACUUGGGGCCUAACCAAUUUUAACGAAUGUACGAUUCUUGUUGAGCCAAAAGCAGUGACAUAUGAUGAAGAAGACACUGUUGAUAUAAUAAUUUAUUUGUAUAUAGCUGGUCACUGUUUGUCCUUAAUAAUGACAUCACUAGCUAUUUUUGUAUUCUGCCGAUUUAAAGAACUGAAAUGUUUGCGUAACAAAAUUCACUCAAAUUUAAUGGCAUCGUACUUAUUGGCAGGCAUCAUGUGGAUACUUAAUUAUACUAACUUGACCAACACAGGAACAUUUAAAUGUGCUUUGUUGGUAUUACCACUUUACUAUUUUACCAUGACGAAUUAUUUUUGGGCAUUUAUCGAAGGGAUGUAUUUAUUUAUAUUGGUCGUAGAUACAUUUUUCCCAGACAGAGUGCGAUUGCGAACAUAUAUGGCUAUUGGAUGGGGAAUACCGUUAAUCAUUAUUUCCACUUGGUGCGUCACAAAACUUUUGGUACCGACUAAAAACGAUUUAGAUUUAUACAACCAGAUCACGUACGAAAGAUACUGUCCGUUAAUGGCUUCUUACGUUGAUGAUUGGAUAUACCAGUCACCGAUUGUCAUCGUCUUACUGAUCAACUCUGUGUUCCUUGUAAAAAUUAUGCGGGUGCUGAUUACAAAAAUACGGUCCACAAAAUCCGCAGAAACACAUAACUACAAAAAGGCCACUAAAGCUCUUUUAGUGUUGAUACCACUUCUGGGCAUCACUUUUUGUUUGGACAUGAUCAAUCCAAGUUCCACAGGACUACUGGUUAAUAUUUACAAAUUUAGCAAAGUUAUAAUUAUCAGUACACAGGGGUUUACCGUAUCAUUGCUUUAUUGUUUCUUUAAUAAUGAAGUUCAAAACACAUUGAAAUACCACAUUGCAAGAUGGCAGACAAAGCGGAAAUUCCUUGCUUCGAGAAAAAAAUAUGACCAGUCCUGGAUGUCAGUAAAACGAAACAAUAUAAUAUGUGAUCAUCAACUGGAUCCAAAGGAACUUAUGCCCUGGAUACCAGCGAACAACGUUAGGUCAUCGUCUUGCGUCAGUAACAGCACGACUACCUCAGCGUUGUCAAACACAAGACUGCCCCCGGAUACGACUAUCGAAAUACCACCGCAUCCAGAACAGCAAACACUAGAUGAAAAUGCAAAAGCUAUUGGAGACAACCGUGAACCAUAAUAUAGUCGUUGUAUUGUAUUUAAUUAAGUAACUUAAUAAACGCAUCGAAUAUAAAACGAGUAAUAUGUAAAUGUCGUUGUAGUACCUAAACUUUCAUCAUUAUUAUUGUUAUGGAGUAAAAUAUAUAGACACCAAAAGUGUAUUUUUUUCA